AUGCAAAAUAACAAUUAUUAAAACUAAAAUGAUGUCUUUCCAUCAUACCCUGAAUAAUACCCUAAUCAAUAUCCACCUUAGGUUCAAAUGCAACAAUAAUAACCUUAUUUAGAUAAUAAUAUAUAUGUAGGCCAACCUAUAAAUUAAUAAUAGUAAUUUGGAAAUCAAUAAUAUUUAUAGCAACCCUACAUUAUUCAAGGACCAGUUGAAAUUUCCACUCCAAUCUAUGCCAGUGCUGAAGGAAUGAGAUUUCCAAUUCAGAUCAAGUGUUAAUUUUGUUAAUAAGUUGGAAUCACUAAAAUUUAAAAUAGAAUUGGAGAUGGAACUAUCUGCGCAUCUAUUUUAGUUUUACUAUUAUGUUGGCCCUUGUUCUGGCUACCUUGUUGCUUAGAAGAUUGUUAAGACAGAAUACAUUUAUGUUAAAGUUGUGGAAAAGUUGUAGGUAAAAAAAAGUAUGAAGUGUGCUGA